UGUAAAAUGAUGAACUUGCCUAAAAACCCAUUUGGCUUUUGGGGCCUUUCAAUGAGUUUUUUUGUGUGUCAUUUUUGUGUGAUCACAGUCACCGGCUUGGUUCUUUUUGUCAGCAAUAGUUUUUAAUUGCUUGGUUUGAAUUAGAAAUUAAAGUGAGAAGACCACCUUCUUACAGCUUUGGUCUGGAAGCACUGUAGGCUUUUGAUUCCUUCCUUGUUAAUAGCUAUUAUGUUGCAAGAACUGUUAAAAAAUAAAUGAUAUGUACAAGCGAAUGAUAAAAAAAUAGAGACACAAUUUUAAUGUUUCAGAAAGAAGACAUUUGGAUUCGCAAAUUGUGAAAUGGAGGCUGUUUAUUUGAACUCUUAGCUGCUACUAAACCUGACUCCCAGGUUCUUUUUCCAAAUGGUUAUAUCUAGUAGGAUUUAUAAAUAGACCAAAGGUUUAGAUCCAUCAAUAUGGACAAAAAACUAUUAAUUUGGAUCUUGGUGUAUAUGCUGUCAUCUAUAUCGGCAAUUCUAGUGAAUAAAUAUGUCUUAACAAAUUUAAAAUUUACGUAUCCCACAAUUUAUCAAAGUUGGCAAAUGUUUGUGGCAGCCUUUUUGCUUAUAUGCAUUCACACCUUUGGAUGUACUGAAAUACAAUGCACAACAUAUGCUGUGGUUAUUAAAUCAUGGAUUCUCCCAAUAUUAUCUUUCACAUUAAGUAUAUACUCUGGUUCAAUUUCACUUUCUAGAUUACCCAUUCCUAUAUUUUGCAUAUUUCAACAAGGAUCCACUCAAUUAUUUGUUUUGAUAAGCAAUCUGAUAACAUUCGGUAGGCCUUCUGUCUUUGAAAGCAUAACUGUUAUGGGAGGAAUUGGGUCAACCGUUCUUGCAGUCUAUUUAGACAUGGAUUAUUCUCAUCACAGGUAUAAAUGGCUUGUUGUUCACUGUUUGAGUGCAGGAUUUUAUUCGUUUUAUGCUGUGCAUAUCAAUACCACUAAAAUAAAAGAAAUCGACAAAAUGGUUUUAAAUUCCACAAGCAGUGUGUUACUACUAAUAACAUUUGGUUAUGCCACCGGUGAAACAACAUCUGUUCUUGAUUUUCCAUUUAUUCAUCAAAGUCGUUUUUAUUUGAGUUGUUUACUCAGCGGAGUUUUCGGUACCGUAAUAAUGCUGUCUUACAGUAACCUUUGCGAUAUAACAUUGUUGACAAAAGUUCGCUUUUAUCAUAGUGUCACAAUGGCUUUGGUUUGUUGUGUGUCUUUUUUUAUUUUUGAUAUCAUGAUCACUGCAACCAUAACAUUCAUUAUUUUUUUUGGUUUUGCAAAUGUUAUUGUUUAUGCGUACUUAGUUUCAUAUGGAAGAAAAUCAAGAGAUACUGAAAGAUUCGCAGAAAAAGUUGUAUCAAUGGGAUAAUUUUAAUAUAGAUUUAUUUUUGUAAUUGUGUAGUAUUUAUUCUAGGCUAGAUGUUUUUUAUGAACAAUAGUUUAUUUAUUUGUGCGGUUUAGAAGACAUGGAAAACUAUA